AAGGUUGAGUAGCUUGACUAAAUACUGCUUGUACGUGCAUGUUUCUGCCUAGCAUGGAAUGGAGGGUAGAAUCCGCCUGUUCUUUGUGGUUUAUCAUUCCUGUGUUUUGUAGAACAGAAUAUAAGCCUAGUCUUAUGGGAAAGCGGCACUGAAUAGGACACAAUAUUUAAUAAAUGGUAUGAAAGCAUAGCUGGCAGGCACUUUAAAAGGUUUUAUAAUAUACUUCACUUCCCUGCAAAAACAGGUGUUUCCCACUAGUCCUGAUAUUUUUAACCUGUUCUUCAAAACAUAGCUGAUGGUCAGUCCUGUGGAUUACCUCACGAGUUAAUCAGUUCCGCUGCUUCAGUAUCUUUCCGGUGCACACUGCUAUAGGGGUAUACAAGUCACUAUAAGCAUCAAAGCAUGUUUUUCGUUAAAGUAUUGUGGGAGAAGUUGUGUAACAAACACAGCAUGUUGUUUUAGUGGGAAGAAAAUCUCAUUAUGGCACCAUCAGGAAGAAAGCAUCAAGGAAAAGGUGGUAAAGCAGCACAGGAAGAUCAAGCCAUACCUGCCUAUGACUUUCAAGACGAAAGAAAAGAUCUGAGUGGAUCUGAAGAAGAUAUUAGAGAAGGUGAAACAACGGUGGUGGACAAACAUGGGAAGAAAAGACCUUUGGUGACUCCUCAUGUGGUUUCAGAUGACGUGGGGGGUGAAGUACAGAAUAUGUUGGAACGAUUUGGAGCUGACAUUAACAAGGCUCUCCUAGCUAAAAGGAAAAGAUUAGAAAUGUAUACUAAAGCCUCGCUCAAAACCAGUAACCAGAAAAUUGAACAUGUUUGGAAAACACAGCAAGAGCAAAGGCASAAGCUCAAUCAUGAGUAUUCCCAGCAGUUCUUGACUUUAUUUCAGCAAUGGGAUAUAGAUGUGCAGAAAGCAGAAGAACAGGAAGAAAAGCUGGCAAAUAUGUUUCGUCAGCAACAAAAACUUUUUCAACAGGCGAGAGUAGUGCAAAGUCAGAGACUGAAGACCAUUAAGCAGCUCUAUGAGCAGUUCAUAAAGAGCAUGGAAGAGCUGGAGAAGAACAAUGAAAAUCUUCUGGCUGGUGCGCAAAGUGAGCUUCGCAAAGAAAUGGCUAUGUUGCAGAAGAAGAUCAUGAUGGACACGCAACAGCAGGAGAUGGCAACUGUUCGCAAGUCUCUUCAGUCCAUGUUAUUCUGA